GCAGUCCAUUCAAUGCUGCGUACUCGAUUCUCUCGCUCCUCUACGUUCCAUUGCGAAUUGCACAAACUAAAUUUUCGAGUCAAUGUCGAAUCUCUUGCGUGUCUGUGAUCCUGUUCCUCAUUAGUCUUAGCGUAGGUUGUGACUGCGUCGCAUCUUUGAGAACAAUCGACGGCCCCAACCGAACGAACGAUGUGUCUUUACCGAUCCCGAAAACGAUCAAGUUUGUUUUAAACCUUUCUUUACUUUGUAGUGUUUCGGAUGCAGUGUUGAGGAUGUAUAUGUGUGUUUUCUAAUCGAUAUUUAGAUCUGUGCGUAGUGAUGGACAUGCCUGAAUACUACCGUAUGACUUCUAGUGUGAAAAAAAAGAUACUUUCGCUGGUUGAAUCGUUGAGACAGUCGAGCGGUUCCAUUUGCUUGAUGCGAUAACGUUUUAGAUGCAUCUAAGUUCAGUGCAAGUGGUGUGCGCGGCUCUGGUGACGCUGGCGGUGAGCGCGGCGGCGGCGCCCCCGGCGGCGGCGCCGCACCACGUCGCGAGGCGCUCCUUCUUCAACCUACAGUGUAAAGGCGUUUACGACGCAGCCAUAUUCGCCCGCCUCGACAGGAUCUGUGACGACUGUUACAACCUCUUUAGAGAACCACAGCUCUAUACUCUAUGCAGGCAAGACUGUUUUACGACAGACUACUUCAAGGGGUGCGUCGAGGUGUUGCAGGAGACGGAUCAGCUAGAACUAUUCAAGACCUAUAUAAAACAAUUACACGGGGCCGAUCCAGGGAUUUAGGGCAAAAUGCUUCACUACGCCCUAUUUCAAGGGUUGCAUGGAGUCUUUGUACCUCUACGACGAGGAGGAACAGAUAGAUCAAAUGAUCGACUUCGUCGGGAAACGCUAACGCAUACAGCCAGCCCAUUUCGCGCCAACUCUUGACACACGACGCCAUCUUGGUAUAACCCAACCAAGUGAAAAACGCCACCAUUAUAUAACAACAAUGUAUUAUUGAAACGGUAUCACAACUCCACCGCUUUGCCAACAUAAAGCAUAAACAAAUGUCAAGUUCCUCCAGUUGACGUUUGCUUGCUAUCCUCAACGUAUUCUAGUCUUCGAAGCGACAUAAAUUAAUUUAUGUUUGCAACUAAUUGUAAUGUUAUAAUUAAUGUGUAUACAAUUUUAAGGACAUUAUUAGUGUAUUUUAAAAAAAUAUACAUUUUGUGUUAUUAGGUAUGUGUUGUAAGCUUGACAGGUGAUUGUAUAUUACAUUAUACGUAGAACUGUGUAUAUGUACACCUCCUAGAUAUAAAAAAAAAUAUGAAUCGAGAGGCAGUUGUAUAUUCUGGUUCGGUUCGUAUUUUCGAGAUGCCUGCCUUUCAUUUUUGUCAAUGUUACUCUCCGACUGAGAUUGUCAAUUUUAAUGGUCAUUGCAUUCCAAUCACAGUAUUUAUACUUACGCUUCUUUUGUUUUAAAUUUCUUCUUCUAUCUUUUUGUUCGCAUUGAGUAUUAUGUACAGUAUGAAUUAUUAUUUAAUAUAAGACUAACUGUAGUUAGAAAUUAUUGUAAAUCACGUAAGUGGCUUAUACUAUACAGUUAAAUCCAAUUAGGUUACAUUUUAAUUCGUUACAAAUGUUUUGAUGUCAAACAGUGGAUGUCCAUGGGCUGGUGAUGAGAGCGGAACGGUGAUGACGUGACGAACAUAGUUUGUCUAUAAUUUAUUUUUAUGUAAAUUAUGUUAGUACCUAGUAAAUGCCUUUACAAUUCUAGACAUGAUAUUUAUAAUUUGAAAUUUAAACCAAUGUUAUUCAACUUAAACAUGUAUGUUUGGUCGUAUACUGUAUAUUAAUUUAAGUAGUUUAUAAGUAUUUAAAAAAAGGUUUAUUUUUAUAUUGCAUCCAAUCUAUUUAUUGUUUGUUACUUGGAAAUGUUUAUAGUUAGAAAUUACCAGUGAUUGUGGACGCUACUCACAUAUCGGAUUUAUAUGUAUAAGUUGCGGUUUAUACUUAUUUAAAUAUUUUAUAGUCCUGCAGACAACUUUCUCUGUAUCAGAAUCUCACCUUUUUUUUAGUUUUAGCGUUUCUUACAUCACGAUAUUACAGAAAAACACCGUGUCACAUGUAGUCGAUCAAAGUAAGAUUGGGAAUGUCAAUGACCUGGACUUGCUAACUGUCACUUGAAAGGUACAGUUUGCAUAGAAAACUAAUUUGCAUACAUUUUUUUUAUUAUGUUAUUGGACUAAGUCCCGUAAAUAAACUUAUUUUGACAGCUUAAAGCUCACGAUAAUGGCGUAAAAUUUGUCCUAAUCUUAUUUUGAUUGCGCCAUAUGUUUUAAUGGUGCCAAAAGUGUCAAUGACACUUGAUGAAUAAAUGUGUAAUGCUUUUGAAUUUGUAGAAAAAUUAAUAUUGUUAUAUAAAUUGAAAUUAGUAAAAUAUUAACCUAUUUGUAUACAUUUUAUAAAAACAGCUAAGAAACGCUACGGGUUACAUGAAAUAAAUGUUUCAUUUUUAAAAAUCCAA